AUGGCCGCAAGUGCUCCCGACACAGGGUGGUGGGCCCAUCUCUGGCCCUGCUAUAGCUGCUGUCAACAGAUCUGGAUCCCCUCCUUGGGACAGUUCUCUUCACAAUGUCUCGGUGUCGUCAGUCACAUCCCGCUGUGGGUCGCCAUGACCACGGUUGUACUCCGCUAUGGCGUCGGGCCCAUCUUGCAUUGCUACCGCCCUGUCUGGCUACGGCGCUUUACAGCCGAACAGGAUGCGUUGCCGGUUGCGGAUGUUGACCAGGAGGCUGGCGACCAGUCCCCGCCCCUCAAGGUGGUUUGGACAUCCUGGAACCGGUGUCUCUUGCUGCUUGGCAUGGUCAUCGCUGCUUUGGGUGCUAUUGGCGCUGCGAUCUGGCCAGAGCAUGCAGAAGUCUACCUGACACCAGUUCUCCCAAGUUUUGUUUCGAGUCUUAUGGUCGUGGUCGAGCGACCCAGGACAACCCCGGGCUCUGUUUUCAUUAUCAACAGCGCAACUACCAUAGUAGAGCUACUUAUACUUACCGUCCUGCCUAGUGCUGUUCCGAACGGCUGGCCACAAGCCAUUGCCUGGAUUGCUGGUGUCUUCCUUCCCCUCCUUUCGGUCAUACUGAUGCUCAACAUGCCCAUGAGGGACCCCUUGUUGGAUAGCAGCAACAUUUCAAGACCAUUUACCCAGCCAUCCCCAGACGUCCGGAGUCCCGAGGACGCCGUUACCCUCUGGCAAUGGAUGACGGUGUCCUGGAUGGCACCACUCAUGAAAGUCGGCUAUGAGAGACAGCUACACGACGAGGAUGUCUGGCUUCUCCCGUACGAUUUCCAUCAUAGCAGGCUGCAUUUACUCUUCCGUGAAGUCUCUGGCACUGUGUUCACCCGAUUGCUGAAGGCCAAUGGUCUCGACCUCGUCAUCACGACGACCCUCGCAGUUCUAGAAACAUCAAUCGAGCUCGUGGGUCCCAUCUUGCUCAAGCAACUCCUUGCUGCCCUUACUGCCGAGCAGCCCAACGUUAGGGCUGCGAUUGUUUACGCUGGAAUCACGCUCGUUUCCAGGCUUGUUCAAGCCCAAUCUGGUGUGUUCAGCCUCUGGUUCCAACGGCGAGCCUACGAACGGUCCCGAGGGGAGCUCAUCACCAUGAUUCACGAGAAGACGCUCAGAAGGAAGGCCUUCACCUUCUCCAGUGGCCAGGAGGCUCCUGAAGGAGCGGCGGAGCAGGAACAAGGAUCUGGGUCAAAAACAACAUCUGGCUCAGCGACACUCGCCGACGACGGGUCUGGCAACAAGGUAGACGCAGACCCCGAUUCUUUACGCUCGAGAUUCCAGCAGUUCAAAUCUAUGGUCUCCUUCAACUACUCAAAACCGAACCCGCCGAAGCCCGAGCCAAUCCCGGCUUCCCCUUCACCGGAACAGACGCCGGCAUCGACUGGCAAGAUCCUGAAUCUGCUCCGUAACGAUGCAUAUGAGAUUGCCCAGCGUUUCUGGGAAUCUCCCAACAUCGUCACCAAACCCCUCAGCUUCCUCGUUUCGUUGGUCCUAGUAUGGCGCAUCCUCGGCCCGGCUUCACUUUCAGGGAUCCUGGUCCUCCUUACCUGCAUGGCCAUCAAUGCGCUUCUGAUGCGAUUGAUGCUCCACAUCGAGCAGGUGCGUCGGGAAAUAACCGACAACAAGCUGCAACGCACCAGCCAGUUCGUCGAAUCCAUCAGGCAUCUGAGAUGGUAUGACUGGCAGGAUGCCUGGCUGAGCAAGAUCAUGGAGAGCCGGAAAGACGAGCUGAUACGCCGCGUCCAGAGCAAUGUGGUCUUGAAGGGGAUUUCGGCUGUCAAUAAUCUCGGGGCGUACCUGUUCCCCGUCGCGGGUUUCUGGGCGUAUACCCUGGUAGAGGGGCGGCCGCUGACGGUGGACGUGGCGUUCCCCGCGCUGAACUUGUUCACCAUGUUGCAAGACAGCUUGAGGGAGCUGCCCAAUCUGGUGACGGUGCUGCUCAAUGCCAAGGUUUCCAUGGACAGGAUUGAGGCGUUCAUGCUGGAGCCCGAGAAAGAGGGUCUGGACAGAGAUUUGGCAUUUGGCGAGGGUGAAGGGCCGCCUGGUGAGCUGGAGAUUAUCUUCCGAAACGCAUCCUUUUCGUGGCCUGGUUCGGCGAAAGAGGUGCUCAGAGAUGUGUCGAUUGCUUGCAGGCCAGGUUUGACGCUCGUCUGCGGCAAGGUGGGUAUUGGCAAGACUGCGUUACUGCAGGCCAUUCUCGGCGAGCUGGACCAGCACGGAGGCGAAAGGAUUGUACCAAGCGAGGUGAUCGGCUACUGCGCUCAAACGCCCUGGCUCGAGAGCAUGAGUAUCCGCGAGAACAUCCUGUUUUCAGCCGUCUAUGAUAAGGCCCGCUUUGAGAAGGUCAUUGACGCAUGCUGCCUGCGAGAUGACCUCGAUCAGUUCAGGGCCAAGGACCUCACUCUCAUAGGAGAGAAUGGAGUCGGACUGUCAGGCGGCCAAAGAGCGCGUGUGGCGCUGGCCAGGGCAAUUUACAGCCAGGCCCGCGUUUUACUUCUUGAUGACCCGAUCGCGGCCCUGGAUCACCAUACCGCAACAAGCCUCCUGGCUAAUCUCUUCUCGGACAAGAACUCCCCGUUGACAGCUGGCCGGCUCAUCAUCUUUGUCACCCACCGUGUGGACAUCGUCACGCCUUAUGCGUACCAGGUCAUUGAGAUCGUGGACGGCGGUCGGGCAGAAACAUUUGACGGGAAGGAGCUGGAGAAUAACGAGGAAGAGCUCGAGCACCUGGCCGAGAUCGCGAAUACCGCCCCUCCCCCGCCAGAUACAGAAGAGGAUGAGCCCGUCGCUGACAAGUUCAUUGAGGAGGAGCGCCGGGUUCAUGGAGGGGUAUUGGCCUCAGUGUACUGGCAGUACAUCAAGGCUGGUCGACUGGGCUGGUGGUCCUUCAUGAUCGGAGGCUUCAUCCUUUUCCGCACAGUCAGAAUCGCCUACUUUUGGUUCCUAAAAGAAUGGGGCGAGCAGUAUCAGGAUCCGCCGAGUGGCAUCUACAGCCUUCAUGCUGGAAUGGGAGACUAUGCCGAAACCUCCCAGCAUGUGGUUAUUUCGCAGAGCAUUUUCCACAUCUCAGGGGCCUCAACUAACGGAACGUGGCUCGACCUUGGACGGUAUCUACCGGCUCCUGACCAAGAUGUUCGGCCUUGGCUCGUAUGGUUUCUGGUCUUGUCGGUGAGCCAGGUCCUGGCCUCAGCCCUUUCUGAUGCCGCGCUCGUUGUCGUCAUGUAUCAGGCCGGGAAGAACCUCUUUGCGCAGGCCAUGUCGCGAGUAACCAAUGCCACAUUCCGCUUCUACGAUGUCACGCCAGUCGGCCGGCUGAUGAACCGACUUACCUCGGACAUGGGCACUGUCGACGGCCAGAUUGCGGGCCAGCUGACGACGGUAGCCUGGUAUACAAUCGGCUGGCUGUCGGCUGUCGCGGUCAUCUCGUCCGCAACACCCUUGUUUCUCGUUAUCAGCGUCACCAUGACAGCUCUUUUUGUGCUCACCUUCAACUGGUUCUUGCCAACCUCGCAGUCUCUUCGUCGCCUCGAGACGGUAUCCUUAUCGCCGCUCAUGUCCAAUUUUGGCACACUCGUCGAGGGCUUGACCACUGUUCGGGCUUAUCGCGCCGAACCGCACUUCCAGAAUCGUAUCAUCGCCACUACCGACGCCUUUCAGAAGAUGGACCACUUUUACUGGUCGCUCCAAGCCUGGCUCCAGUACCGCUUUGACAUUCUCUCAGCGCUCACCACCUUCAUUCUGACCCUCUGCGCCAUCCUCACGGGCCUCUCGAGUGGCACCGUCGGGUUCGUGCUCGCCUCGGCCGCCAACUUCGUCCGGUCGACGCACAGCCUCUGCCGCAAAUACGGCGAGCUGCAAAUGCAGUUUGUCAGCGUGGAGCGUAUCGUCGAGCUGCUGUCGCUGGAGCAGGAGCCUCGCGGGGGGUUCCUGCCGCCAGCAGCCUGGCCCGGCUACGGAGACGACAUUGUAUUUGACAACGUCACGCUGCGGUACGCGCCCCAGCUGGAGACGGUCCUGCACAACGUCAGCUUCACCAUCCCCGGCGGCGCCAACGUCGCCGUGACGGGCCGUACGGCCUCGGGCAAAAGCACUCUCGCGCUCGCGCUGCUCGGCACGCUGCACCCGGACCCUGACACUGACGGGAGCAUUCGCAUCGGCGCCGUCGACCUGCUCGACGUGGACAAGCACACGCUCCGCCGCAAUAUAACGUUUGUGGCGCAGGACCCGGUCCUCUUCCCCGGCACGCUGCGGGACAAUCUCGAUCCGUUGGGUGAGCGCGACGAGACCGAGCGGGCUGAGGUUUUGGAACGGGUGCUGGGCCGAUCGGGGUCGUUUACCCUCGACAGCAGGGUCGAUGGCGGCGGGAAGAACCUGUCUCAGGGCCAGAGACAGCUUGUUGGGCUGGGACGGGCCAUGCUCCGCCGCAGUCCAGUGGUGAUUAUGGACGAGGCCACGGCGUCGAUUGAUGCCGAGACGGCGGCGUAUAUACAAAGGCUGUUGAGGGAGGAGUUGAGGUAUAGUACGGUCAUUACUAUUGCGCAUAAGGCGGAGGCGGUGGAGGAUGCGGAUUGGGAGGUGGUGCUGGAUAAGGGGCGGGUGGUGAGAGCUGGACCCAGGGGGAGGCGGCGGGCCUGA